AUGGCAGCCUCUCCUUUGAACCCGAAAGCCAAUUAUCAUGUACGCUCCAUAAGUCUACCUUCAAGACCUCACCCGCUUAACCUUCAAUUUGAAGAGCAUUUGUGCCGAUUGAGAGCUUGUGAGGGCACUAGCUCUUCAACACUACCAUCAAUAUGUGAAAAGAUAGGUGUCCUUGUGGAUUUGUUUGACUGUGCCCACGAUUUGCUACUAUUGCCACACAUCCAACAACAAACCUCAGCCCAAGAGUGCCACAAACAAUUUGCUGAUAACGCAUUGGAUGGAUCCCUUAGGCUCUUGGAUGUGUGUGGCACUGCCAAGGAUGUCUUGCUGCAGACAAAGGAAAGCACACAAGAACUUCAAUCGAUUCUGCGGAGAAGGCGGGGAGGUGAAUUUGGGCUGGCGGACGAGAUAGGAGUCUACUUUACCUUUGGUGAGAAGCGGAAGAGGGGAAUUCAGAAGUACCUGAGAAAAUUGAAGGGUGUGGAAAACAAAUGCAGCUUUUCUCCUAUGGACAGCAGCCAUGAUAUUGUGGCCAUAGCUAGCAUGUUUACAGACUUGGAAGCAGUCACUUUCUCUGUGUUUGAAUCCCUCUUGUCCUACAUUUCUGGGCUAAAGGUGAAGUCGAGGCUGAGAGGUUGGUCAUUGGUUUCCAGGUUGAUGCACAGGAAACACACAGCAUGCGAGGAAGAAGCAUCAGAUACUAGUGAAUUUGAGAAGGUGGCUUUGGCGCUUCGUGCUCUCAUUAGCUGCAAAGGGGGCAAAUAUAUCAGCCAGCACGUUGAGAAUGUGCAGAAAAGACUAGGAAAAUUGGAGUCAAGAGUUCAAGAUCUUGAAGAAGGACUAGACUGCCUGUUCAGAAGCUUGAUAAGAACCAGAGUAUCUCUUCUCAACAUCCUAAAUUACUAG